AUGGAGCAAGUCGGUGUUGCUUCCAGAAUUUUGACAAACAACGCUUUUAAAAGGCGCGCAUGUGCAAAUUGCACCGUCGUGAAAACGAAAUGCACGCGGCCUGCCGGUGACCAUCACUGCGAACGAUGCAGUCGCCUCGGAAAACAUUGCGUCUAUUUCGAUCUACCUCAGACAAGGCGCAAGCAACGGAUGACCAGACGGCUCGAGGGGCUUGAGUCCAGGUUUGAUGAUUUUGUAGCACAGCUAUCUUCGCCUCUGAGGGAAGGCAGCAGCAGCAGCUUCACAGAUGACGCUACUUCAUCGCCGAGCGUCAGGCCAGUUGACCGGCUGGUUCCAAGUUCUGCUCUUUCUCUGCCUGUAGCGGGUCGUUCUGGACCAUUGCAGUCAUCCUUCUGGAGAUCGACAAUCCCUCCACCAUAUCAGGAGAUGCCUACCUUCACGACUGGCGCUUCUAGCGGCUAUGUUGACAUUCUUAGUCGAGGCAUCCUGACCGAAGAGCGUGCAGAGCUUCUCGGCGAGGAGUUCCAGGCUAUAAUUAGCUCACAGCUCAUGAAGCAGAUUGACAGUAGUUUGGACGCCCUGCAAGCUCUUCUGGCUUUCACCGCUUGGAAUCAUUAUUUCACCGUGUCUCAGGAUCAUACGCAGCUCUUUAUUCAGACACAGCUAUGUGUUACUUCGGUCUAUCAUCUAAAUCUCUAUAAGGGAGGCGCAACAACUUCAACAGAGAUCCGCGCGCUUCUAGGCACAUACUAUUUGUCAGCUUGUGUUUCUAGAGCGCUUCGAAGGUCGCAUGUGAUGAAGAAUAGCAAGCGUAUAGAAGAGUACUGCGAUCGCCUUGUGACGGUCCAAGAGUACGAAACAGACCGAUUUAUCAGGCCACUUGUGCGUUCGGAGUCACUAUGUUGCCGACUUAGCGAUACCUUUCGCUAUGACAAGUUAGAAGCUAGCAAUUCAAUACAUAGCAAUGCAGCCGUGCGCGCCAUGGUUGACGGUUUCUUGAACGAGCUAGAGCUUAUUAAGAUGCUCUCUACAACAGAUGCCAGUCUCACUGAGAUAGAGUUCAGCUACAUUCAAUCCUACAUACAAGAAGGCGCAUUCCACCACGAGCUCUUGGUUACUAAAUCACUGCCGGCGGUUCAGGAUAAAGAGCAGUCAAGACGGGAGGCCCAUAGCGGUGAGUUGCCUGUUUACAGCCCUGUCAGAGCCACGAUGCUAUGGCAGAUGCAGGAUUCCAACAAGACUUGCAUACGCCACUUUUUGGCCACAACCGAGACGACAAUGCUUCGCAUGCCACAUACUGUGAUUUUAAGGCUUUGUUAUGUACUUGCCAGCCUUAUCAAGCUCACAUUUACCGGGAUAGUUGGCUCUUCAAUGCCGGCGCAAUCGGAGGCAGCUUUUAUUUCUUCACAACAAUAUCCAUACAGGUCCAACAUUGCCCAUCCAAUAGCGCAGCUCACAUCCGAAAGUGCCGACGCUUUACAUCGCAUCGACGAGAUGGCUGCAAAAGUUGAAAUUUUCUUAAAAUCUCCCUUCGCCGCUCUCAAUGGUAACCAUGCCAUUGUAAAUGGCUUUGCAUUGAAGCUUAAGAGACUUUCCAGCGCAUACCGCAGCAAGCUUCAGAAUAUCAACGCAGGAUUGUAUCCCUCGUCAGGUCACAGUGAACCUAUGGUUGACUGCCUUAAAGAUGGAAGUUUAGGACUAGCCCGUCCUGUGCAAAAUUGA